AUGGCAUAUGUUAUGUCAGAUUUAUCUUCGCCAUCACCAAGCAGUGACGAGGAAUCUGCACGAUGGAGUUCGUGCUUGAGUGCCGACGACGUUAGGGUCUACCAUCCGCGUGGCGUAGAUUGGGAAGGAGAAUGCUCAAAGUUAUGCCAUGCAAUCCAGGAUGCAACUCGCCGCUCCACAACUGUCAUAUUCACAACAAUAAAAGCAAUCGACACCUGCAACACCUCGGAGAAAUAUAUCUACUUCCCCGAUGAUUUCUACCCCGUCAUCAACGCCGACCUCAACGGCUCCUUCCAUUCAAAAUAUAUAAUCGACGAAGAGGGCAAGAUAGCAAGUCAUAUAUCAUGGAGCUGCUUCAAAAUCAAAAAAAUCGACGCAAACGAAGAAUCCCCAGAAAUCACCUACAGGUGGCUCCAAGUAUCAGUCCUGGUCCAGUUCCACGCAAAAACCGGCCAACAAGUAGUCUUCUUCAUCGACCUCCCCAGCGACCACGAAGAUUCAAUAACCAGCAAAUCACUCUCCUGUUCUCGCCAUGACAACGAGAACCCGUUUAUCUGGCAUACCAUUCUCUCUCGCCAGGUAAAGUCUCUCUACGACGAUACGGUUUGGUCUAUACGAAACCUUGUACGGCCAGUGGAAAAGAGCGAUUCAAUUGAUUCCAAUUCUCCAAUGUUCCGGACUUUGCAGGCACGAAAUCAAAAGAAACCCCCGGCGCCUAAUUUCCCCAACCUACACGAUAUAGCGCGUCAUGUUUCGCAUGCGAAUGAGAUUCUACAGGUCGCUGAACAUACGCUGGAUCGGCUGGUUCAGGCACAGAUAUCCUGGAAAACGGAGUACUAUGACGGUAAUACUGGACCUGCCAAGCGGAAUCGCAUGAUUUGCCUUCAAAACAAGCAGGAUCUGCUGUUUUUGGCUAAAGAAAUACAUUCUCUGAAGACGAGGUCUGCAUCUUUGAGUGAGAGGUUGCAGAACGAAAUCAAUUUGGCAUUCAACAUCGUCUCCCAAAACCUCGGAACAAACGCGCAAGGCGACAACGCCAUGAUGAAAACCAUCGCAAUCGUCAGUCUGGUUUAUGUACCAGGGUCAUAUGUCUCCAGCCUCUUCGGAAUGAACUUCUUCGACAUGGGAUCAGAAGAAGAAUUCACCGUUUCGAACCAUUUCUGGAUUUACUGGAUCAUUACGAUUCCCUUGACGGCUGUCACGGUGUUGAUCUGGGCGAUAUGGCAUUGGUCUGAUAAGAUUGGCAGGCUACGGAAGCCGCAUUUGGUGUAA